AUGAAGUGGCUAGAGGUGCAGGUGGCUAAUCUAACAAGUCCACAGCGUUGGGUGCAGUACCUCCGGCUUCUUCGGGAGUCCAUCUGGCCUGGUGGAGUUUUGCCCAAGUUUCCUCGGCCUGCAAGGACUCGGGAGCAGAAAGUGGCUACUGAGAAACAGGCUUUGCAGAGCCUGGUGGGAGUCCUGCCAGACUUUGUAGUAGAAAUCCUUGGGGUGAACAGAUGUCAGCUGAGCUGGGGUCUAGUCCUGGAGUCACUACAACAACCCCUCAUCAACAGGCAUUUAAUUUUCUGCCUUGGGGACAUCAUCCUGGAAUUCUUGGAUCUCAGUGCCUCUGCUGAGGAGUCUGCUACAACCACCUCUGCCUCAGAUACCCCAGGCAACCCUAAGAGGAUGGGUGUCUCCCCUUAGCCGUAGGUUAUUCACACAUUCUUCCAAGUUCAGGAAAGGGGAGUUAUUCAGCCACCCAGAGAGCAGUCAGGAAGCCUGUGCCUUCUGGAACUAGGAUGUAGCUCAGAAGGCACGGGUCAGUGGCUCAAUUCUCCCCUCCGGUUCUAUUCCAUUUGUAGCAGGCAAUGGGGGGAUCUUUAUCCCAAUUGCAUGCUCAUCCAGUUCCAUGUCCAUUUUGUGGUGUUUGAAUUGUUGCUGGUGAGUAGAUCCUGUUUCCUUUAGAAAAGGAAGCUGUGAGGUAGAGGAAUGAGCCCCUUUUGCUUCUCCAUUUGCCCUCCUCCCUAUCAUUGUUUGCCAAAAGCCUGGCCCUGUGCACACGUGUACUUAAUCCACUAACACACAAGCUCUGGAUAGAAUAGUAAAACUAUAGCCAGAUUUCCUUGGAGGAGAAAACAAUCUUCUGAGCUCUCUGUUCCCACCUGGAAACUGAAAAUUCAUUCAAGGCCACUGCUGAAAGCCAGACCCCUGAGUCCUCCCUAGUUUCCCAACAAUUCCAGGAGGAGAACGAAGGAAAAGAUUUCUUAAGGGACUUCUUGCUCAUCGGCUGUUUUCCAACAUAUCAGCUUAUGGAGGAUGUCAUGAAGGCUGCUUCCCUGGGUGGCUACACUUUUCCUGUCCAGAAGACUUCAAAGCAGACUGCCAAAGCUUCUGGUAAAUCCACCCCACCCUUCACACCCUUUCCUGACAGGGAGUUGCACCACAGAUUUUAUUUAUUAGCUUUCCUCUCAACCCCCUGCACAAGAGCAAUAUGAGUUUUUGAAUUAGUGACCUUCCGUCUAUCUUCAGCAAAACCACUUGGCAAGUUGCAUAUUCAGCCUGUGUUUCCAAAGAGAAGGGAAAGCACUUGCCCCAUGGCUGAGAAUGCCCAAAGAUUAGGAAGCCAGGUGAUGAAGGGGUCUCUCUGCAUAAGUUUUGGGCAGGGACCUUUUACUCUGAACAGAUAAUAUUAGCAAAUUUGCAGGGAAUAGCUUUUUAUUUCCUGUUCCUUAAGGCUCUAAUUAGUCUUUAAGAACAGCAGCAAUGAAGGUAAAGGUGCCCUGUCAGGCCGCAGCGUGUGUUAGAAAGAAGGAACACUUAAGAGGCAUUGCUAGUAGAAAAGCAGGCAGAUGGAAAGUCCCAAGGGAAGUGCUGUACGUUAAACGUAUGUGAACAGCUGGCAAAGAGGUUUCGAGGGUGUCACUUUAGCUUCACCCUUGCCUGUUAGCACCCUGUUUCCACUGAAUGUGAGACCCUCCCAGCUGGUGUGAAGAGCAAGUGUCAGGUUUCUUAGACCGUGAAGUA